AUGAGGACCCACGACCCCAGGGGCUCCGUGUUGCUCAUGGGGAACUGCCGAGUCAGGCCUGUCAGGCUGAGGUCACAUCUUCUAAAUGGAUGUCUGGACAAUGUGGUCAAUGAGCAGAGUACUUCCCCACCAGUGCCACACCUCCAUGCCUUGCUGACCAGUGGAGACGAGCCUCCCACACAGACAGACAUCUUUGACCUCCUCAAAGCCUCCUAUGAGAAAUUCAGCAGCCUGCGGGCCAGCGACAUUGAACAGAUGCGGUUUAAACAGAGGCUGAAAGUGAUCCAGUCGUUGGAGGACACAGCCAAGAGGAGCGUGGUCCGAGCCAUACCUGGGGACACUGGCUUCUCCAUUGAAGAGCUGGAAGACCUUUACAUGGUGUUUAAGGUAAGAGCCGAGAACAGGGACAGGACCUGCGGGAUGUACCACGGGGACAUGACUGAAAAGCUCAAGGUGCUCUACAAGCUGCACCUUCCCCCAGGUGAGCACGUGCCCCCACACCCCUGGAUUGGGAGACUUGUAGUCCUCUGGAAAAAGAAAACAAAGAAGCAAACACGGAGUGGGAUACAGCUGCUGCUGCUUUCAGUGAUCAAGUGGGGAAAUGCCCAGGCCCUCCUUGACGGUGGUGCCGGAGGGCAGAGCCCAGGGUCAGGCCAAAGCAGGAGGCUCCGUGCAGGGAACCAGAACCCGGGGCUGCUCCCGCACAAGCACAGGCUGGACCUCGGCAGAGGUGGGCUGCAGUCCCAGCUGGAGAAGAAUGUGCUCCAUGUUGUUAUUUCCUGGUUGGCAGAGGCACUACCACAGGAAGAUCGGGAAGGAAGCAGAAGCGAGGAUACCCAAGAAAAGCGAGCAGAGGAGAAGGGGACCAGCCCCCCAGACUACCGACACUACCUUCGCAUGUGGGCCAAGGAGAGAGAGGCUCAGAAGGAGACCAUCAAGGAUCUGCCCAAAAUGAACCAGGAGCAAUUCAUUGAGCUGUGCAAGACGCUAUACAACAAAUUCAGUGAGGACCCCCUGGAGCAGGACUUGUACCACGCCAUUGCCACAGUGGCCAGCCUCCUCCGCAUCAGUGAGGUGGGGAAGUUCUUCAGUCCCAGUGUCAAGAAGCCCACGGGUGGCACUCCCAGCAGGGACCAGGGCAGUUCCACAGAGGAUGAGUCCCCACUGCCAUCACCUGCAAGGGAAUCCCAUCAGGACCCAGUACAGGAAUGCCAGCUGACAGCCACGGGGGACCCCUGGACCAAAGCUGGUGGAGACACCCACCUUGGAAAAGUGCCACAGGAGAGACAGACGGUGGUAGAGGGGGGCAGUGGAGAGGGGCAGGGCUCACCCUCCCAGCUCCUGUCUGAUGAUGAAACCAAAUACAACAUAUCCAUGUCCUCCUACUCAGUGGUCAGCAUGGGCUCCCUGCAGUGUGAGAACCCCACAGCCACUGCCCGCAUUGGGAACACCAUGGACGCAGACUGGUGCAUCUCCUUCAAGCAGAUCCUGGCCUCCAUCCUGCCGGAGUCUGUGCUGGUCAACUUCUUUGAGAAAAGGGUGGACAUUGGACUCAAGAUGAAGGACCAGAAGAAAGUAGAGAGACAGUUGAGUGCCUCCAGUGAGCACGAGCCAUCUGUUGCUCUGGGCUGAGCCCCUUGGCUGAGUGAUUCUGGCCGAGGCCUCUGU